UGCGCGGUGACGGCUCGCGUCCCUGUUACUCAGCGGAGCGGCCAAGGCCGGACGACGCGGCCCGGAGAGCGGAGCCGCGAGCAGCGCUGGGUAACGGCCGCGGCGAACGCCUGGACGGUGUGCGUCCCCGCUGGGGUCCUUACUGUUGCGGUUUGCUGCGCUGCCAGAAUGGUGAAAAGACAACAUUACUGAAGAUAAUGAUUAAGAAUUUUCUGCAACUCAGCUGGAUGUGGUGCUGCAUGCCUGUAAUCCCAGCAACUCAGGAGUCUGCGGUGGGAGGAUCUCCAGUUCAAAGCCAGCCUCAGCAACUGCCUCUUGGUGAACUUUUGGAUGAAGCCAUUAAAUUAAUUUCUUGCCAUCAUGAGCAGAAGCAAGCGGGACAACAAUUUUUAUAGUGUAGAAAUUGGAGAUUCUACAUUCACAGUUCUGAAACGAUACCAGAAUUUAAAACCUAUAGGCUCUGGAGCUCAAGGAAUAGUAUGUGCAGCUUAUGAUGCCAUUCUUGAAAGAAAUGUUGCAAUCAAGAAGCUAAGCCGACCAUUUCAGAAUCAAACUCAUGCUAAGCGGGCCUACAGAGAGCUAGUUCUUAUGAAAUGUGUUAAUCACAAAAAUAUAAUUGGACUUUUGAAUGUUUUCACACCACAGAAAUCCCUAGAAGAAUUUCAAGAUGUUUACAUAGUCAUGGAGCUCAUGGAUGCAAAUCUUUGCCAAGUGAUUCAGAUGGAACUAGAUCAUGAAAGAAUGUCCUACCUUCUCUAUCAGAUGCUGUGUGGAAUCAAGCACCUUCAUUCUGCUGGAAUUAUUCAUCGGGACUUAAAGCCCAGUAAUAUAGUAGUAAAAUCAGAUUGCACUUUGAAGAUUCUUGACUUUGGACUGGCUAGGACUGCAGGAACAAGUUUUAUGAUGACACCUUACGUAGUAACUCGAUACUACAGAGCACCUGAGGUCAUCCUAGGCAUGGGCUACAAGGAAAACGUUGACAUUUGGUCAGUUGGGUGCAUCAUGGGAGAAAUGAUCAAAGGUGGUGUUUUGUUCCCAGGUACAGAUCAUAUUGAUCAGUGGAAUAAAGUUAUUGAACAGCUUGGAACACCAUGUCCUGAAUUUAUGAAGAAACUACAACCAACAGUAAGGACUUAUGUUGAAAACAGACCUAAAUAUGCUGGAUAUAGCUUUGAGAAACUCUUCCCUGAUGUACUUUUCCCGGCUGACUCAGAACACAACAAACUCAAAGCCAGUCAGGCAAGGGAUUUGUUAUCCAAAAUGCUGGUCAUAGAUGCAUCUAAAAGGAUCUCUGUAGAUGAAGCUCUCCAGCACCCAUACAUCAAUGUCUGGUAUGAUCCUUCUGAAGCAGAAGCUCCACCACCAAAGAUCCCUGACAAGCAGUUAGAUGAAAGGGAACACACAAUAGAAGAGUGGAAAGAAUUGAUAUACAAAGAAGUGAUGGAUUUGGAGGAGAGAACCAAGAAUGGAGUUAUACGGGGACAGCCUUCUCCUUUAGGUGCAGCAGUGAUCAAUGGCUCUCAGCAUCCAUCGUCAUCGUCGUCUGUCAAUGAUGUGUCUUCAAUGUCAACAGAUCCGACUUUGGCCUCAGAUACAGACAGCAGUCUAGAAGCAUCAGCUGGACCUCUGGGCUGUUGUAGAUGACUACUUGGGCC